GCGGGCAGAUGCGCGCAUGGAGCGGCCGGGGAGCAACGAGAGCUGCCCAGGCUGCCGGCUGGAGGGGGGCCCGGCGGCGAGAGCCGCCACCGGUCUGGCGGCGGUGCUUAUCUUCACCAUCGUGGUGGACGUGCUGGGCAACGCGCUGGUCAUCCUCUCUGUGCUGCGGAACAAGAAGCUCCGCAACGCCGGUAACAUCUUUGUUGUCAGCUUGUCCGUUGCAGACCUUGUGGUUGCAGUUUAUCCGUACCCUCUGAUCUUAAGUGCCAUCUUCCACAAUGGAUGGACCAUGGGAAAUGUCCACUGCCAGAUAAGUGGGUUCCUGAUGGGCUUAAGUGUCAUCGGGUCCAUUUUCAACAUCACGGCGAUCGCAAUCAACCGCUACUGCUACAUCUGCCACAGCCUUCGAUACGAUAAGCUCUUCAACCUGAAGAACACCUGCUGCUAUCUCUGCCUGACCUGGAUACUCACAGUGGUUGCAAUUGUGCCGAACUUCUUUGUUGGCUCCUUGCAGUACGAUCCCCGGAUUUACUCCUGCACCUUUGCCCAGACAGUGAGCACAUCGUACACCAUCACUGUGGUGGUGGUUCACUUCAUCGUCCCACUCUCUGUCGUGACAUUUUGCUACCUACGGAUCUGGAUUUUGGUGAUUCAAGUCAAACACCGGGUGAGACAAGACUGCAAGCAGAAACUCAGGGCAACGGACAUCCGAAACUUCUUGACUAUGUUUGUGGUUUUUGUCCUUUUUGCUGUGUGCUGGGGACCAUUAAACUUUAUUGGCCUUGCUGUUUCAAUUAAUCCUUCAAAAGUGCAGCCACACAUUCCAGAAUGGCUUUUUGUCCUGAGCUAUUUUAUGGCCUAUUUUAACAGCUGCCUCAAUGCUGUGAUCUAUGGGCUUCUUAACCAGAAUUUUCGGAAGGAGUACAAAAGGAUAUUGCUGACACUGUGGACUCCCAGGCUGCUGUUCAUCGAUGUGUCCAAGGGUGGGACAGAAGGGAUAAAAAGCAAGCAUUCUCCAGCCAUAACAACCAACAACAACCACGCUGAAAUACACCUAUGAGUCAGGACAGUACUAUUUAUUAUGGACUAAGCUGUAUAUGUAAUAUAUAAGAGCCUUUCUAGCUGUGUGCAUUGCACAACUGGUGUUGUCCUCAUGCAAGGAAGGAGUCUGCAACCUUUCAUGCUUAGCUUGACGUCACUGCGACAUCAAGGCUUUGAGUAAGGAUUUUCAGAAUGGAAAUGACUGAUUUUUUUUUUUUUUAAUUAUUAUGUCAUCUUUCACUGAGUGCCUAAUUAAUUGGUUUGGUUGCUUUUGUUACAAUACCCAAUACCCAAAAGGGAAUACCCAAAAAGGGAAGCAUUCAGAGUGCAUGGAGAAGUGCAGCUAUGCUUGAAAUGCAACCUUCAAGAGACAGCAAAAUUUCCAUUUAUUACACGUAAACCUUUCUCCUCUCCCUUUGAAUUCUAUUUUUCUAGCAUUAACUUAGCCUGAACUGUAUCAAACGAAUGUAAACUGCAUGGCUUUUUUACAUUUUAAAUAGGUAACUCUAUUAGCCAGCAGAUGUAUGUAUGGGCAUGGUGUGUGUUUUCCUUUUUGUUUCCUCUUAAGGUUUAGGAACUAGCCUGGGCUAGAUGUGAGGCAGGCAGAACCCAGACCAGUGUGUGCCUGAUGCACUCAUUUUAAUUGAGUUUCUACAGACAUUAAGUACCAUUGCACUCUCCUUCGCAGGCCAUGAGUAAGUAUAUGACAUAUGACAUAAUUUAAUUGCAGUAAGAUACUUGGAGCCUGAUUCUAAUUUAGGCAGUAUCCUGUCAUGGCCAGCAGUCAUUCCAAACAUCUUUCAAAAGUCACUGCUACAUGAACAUCACAAUAAAAAAGAUGAAUAUAGCAGACUCCCAUCUGUGUAACGCAGAUUGCAAGUUUUAAGUUCCAGUAACAUUUACACUUGCAAAGAAAGGCAGAAGGGGAAGGCAAUGUUUGUUCCAAAAAUCCCUCCUUUUGCCCAUCACAGAACAUGAAUUUGUUGAUAGAAGAAAAAGUGAAGAUUUUUUCCCCCCAUUUUACUUACAGAACUGCAAUUAACUUAUGGAGUGGGGAGACAAAAGCUACUUAAGCUUAAUUAUGUAUCGGUUCUGUUAAAGCCUGGACUGUGCUAUCUCUAUCAUUGGAAACAAUGUCAUGAAGCGCUGGGGGGGCCAGUAUCACAUUAGACAAUGAGCACAUGGGCAAAGAUAAGGCUGUUUCUUUAAUGGAGUACGAAAGGGAGGGGUGUGUGUGACAGCAGCUGUCUGUAGAUACGACUUCUUUGUUUCCUUAGCUUCAUUGUGAAUUCAUCUCUUUAUGGCUUUAAAUAUGCGAAUCCUGCUUUGAAACAAUCCCAUAAAAUCAACAGGUAAGACUGUCCUGGUGCAACUCUACCUUCAGGUUAGCACACCUGCCUUGAUGCCGGUGUGCUGAGUGGCACAGAGGGAGAGGGGGAAGGUCUGAGCCCUCGGGGUCUAACGAGGACAGCAGGCAUCCUACCCCCAGUCAAGGACUGCAGUCUUCUCUCUUUGGUUCUAGUCAAAGCAGGACUCGUUCCCAGGACUGAGCCCUGAAAUACUGAGACCAGACUUCAUAGGCACCUGGAGAUGGAGGUAUGCAGGAAUUCCCCAAAGCCUGAGCAGGCUGUGUGCUUAAUCCUUAGAGAAAAUAGUAAGCCAUUUGUGCACUGCUUCCUGAAACCAACUUGCUGCUGAAUGUCCCUUCUGCUGAUUUUUCAGGGAAGAGGAAAUGAGAGAAAUAAAGCCCCUUUCUGCAGUGGGCCAAGGAACUUUGCAUGCUGCGUUGCCUCCAUGUGGAUUGAGUGUCUCUGCUGCUGGUGCUGCCAUGUGGUGAAGGUCACUGCAGUACCAGGGGGGCCCUGCAUUUACAAGGUGCCCUGGCACUUAGGAAGUUUCAAACUUGAACAUCUCAGCCACUUUAGAUGAAUGUUGUUUCAAAAUGUACUGCAAGCCAGCCUCCCAUAAUAGGAAUCAAACUGAGUUCUGUUUUGGCCUCUUAUUCUGCCUCAGCAUGGCCAAAUAAAGGUAUUUGACCCUCAGAAAUAACUGUUGUCUGUUCACGUUCCAGAAAAACCACUCUGGAUGAAUUUACACCAUUCCAUGCAA